AAGGGCAGGAAGGAAGUGAACUGACUGAGAGUUUUAGUUGCCACAAAUUGCAAGAUCAAGAGCAGACCCUCGCUCAGUGAGGGUUUUGUAGUCUAUUUUUCUACGUUGGAUGAGUACAGAGUGCAAUGGAAUCACUAACAGUUGGGUUACCGAAGACACUAGGUGCACUUAGUGCCCUGCCAGACAGUGGCACAGAGGGGACAGGCAUGCCUCCUACGCCUGGCCGACCCCCACCACAGAAGAAACGUAAGCCUGGCCGCAAGAAAAACAAACUGUCUGGGCCCUGGGGUCAGAAGGGAACACUUGGUUCUCAGACAAGCUUACCUGACAAAGAAGUGGAAUCUAUUAAAAUCCCCAAGAAACGAGGCCCCAAACCAGGAAGCAAGUUGAGCUGGGCUAAAAAGACAGCAUGGCUUGAGGAAACAAUUGGAGGUCCCGGUAGACCUAUCAGCAAACCCAGAGGAAAACUACCAGCCAGCUGGACCCAGAAAGUGCAACAAAAUCCAACUGAUCCCAUUAAACUCCCAAAAAAGCGAGGCCCCAAACCUGGCGUAAAGAGAAAGCCUCGAUUGAUACCCAACCCAAUGCCCACCUCCCCAAGCAGUAGCACUCCAGAGCCGGACACCAGCUCAGUCCCGAUGGACAAUGCCACAAUUCCCAAAGCCGCCCUACAGGCCCCUACAGUGUGUGUGUACCUGAAUAAACAUGGCAAUGUGGGUCCCCAUCUGGAUGCACGGCGUGUCCAGUCUCUCCCAGAUCACUUUGGGCCUGGCCGAGCCUCCUCAGUGCUGCAGCAGUGUGUUCAGGCUUGUGUGGACUGUGCACAUAACCAGAACACAGUUUUUUCCUGCCUAAAACCAGGCCAUGGAGGUGAACUCAUAUCAGCCUACUUUGAGCAGCAGCAGCACACUCUAACACUGCCGGCAGUGAACAGUGUGACGUAUGUGCUGCGCUUCCUGGAGAAACUCUGUCACAACCUGCACUGCGACACAUUGUUCGGCAAUCAGCCCGUCCCUCUGGGAGUUGUUCACUAUGACAGCCGGAUGUACACAGAGAGAAGAAACUUUGCAGAAAGUCUGAGUUCUGGACCUGGUCGGGGCACUAAGAGAUUUCUCCAGCAUGACGCCUACAGCAGCAAACCUGUACCACACAAAAUAUCUAAAAACCACCGUCUCUCCUCUGAAGAACCAUUUCUCAUGGAAAAUGGGGUUGGCAGCUCUGACGUUUUGGAGAAAACGCACUUAUCUCCUGGACACAGCUUAACAAAGCGUUCCCUGUCUCAGAAUAGCAACUCACCGGGAAAACUGCAUCGUCUUGGCUCAACAGGUUCAGAGCGCUUUCUGAGCUCCAGGGAAAGCCCACGACCCAGUGGACAAGACCCCAACCUAUGGACUGUAGAGGAUGUUAUGCAGUUCAUCAGAGACAUCGAUCCUCAACUCGGACCACACGCAGACCUCUUUCGCAAACACGAAAUCGAUGGCAAAGCACUUCUGCUCCUCCGCAGUGAUGUCAUGAUGAAAUACAUGGGGCUAAAGUUGGGUCCUGCCCUUAAACUCUCCUUCCACAUUGACAGACUGAAGGAGGGGCAUUUACCAUGAUGGCACUCUCUCAACCUCAAACAAUACCCCUUCUAAGCACAUUUCAAAACACACGGCAUGCUGGGAUUUUUAAGUCCCCCAGUACUGAAGCAGAGGAUUGUAAAGCUUUUCUCCUGCCUCUUGUCCCUCCAUUUCAUUCAACACUUCCUUUUUCCUGUUUUUAGUGAAUUCGGUUAUUAAUUAUAGCACUGUUAUAAUCGUUUUUUAUAACUGAUGUUCUUACGGUUAUUCUCACGUUACACUUACGGUUGCAUUGUUCUAGAACAUUUUACCUGUUCAAACUUGACUGAAGCAGUGAAGUGGACAGUAUACAGGCCGUUUUUGGGCCUCGGUUUUUGAGACGUACAUUUAAUUGUAUAUUUUUUCAUCGUACAUCAAUGAUGGUGUUUUCUACGGCUUUUAUACGAGACUGAUCAACUCCAAAUAAACACUAGAACUCUUCCAUCAUGCUGGAGAUCGCUCCGGACGGACACCUAAAAGACCACAACUCAUCCACUUUAUACACUUUACGCAUUUAGAAGUUACGAUGCGGUCACACUAGACUUCGAGCAUCCGAAUAUAUUGGUCAGUUAUCAAAUAUGUGCAGCAGGAUCCAUGCCAUCUGUUUAAAUCAACUGUAAAUUGGCAAAUAACAUGGUUCGAAAUGUUUCGUCUAUGUUCGAAAUCCACUCCCCUUUGUAGCAGCACUGCAGACGGUUCAGUAUUUAAGUUUAUUUUCGUUGUGUCAAGGUCAGUCAGUGGCAUUUAGAUCUUCUGUUAGCCAGAUGUGUUUUUCUCAUACCAAUUAGCAGGUCAAAACAAAGCAGCAGACCUUUUAGUAUGCACUUGCGUUCAGAUGCAUGUGACAGGAAGUCUAGUGUGACUGCAGCCCCACUGCCUGUAUUUCAUAUUGUGUUGAUGUUUACAUUGUCUUUGUUGUUUGUACUUUUUAUACAACAUGGUUAGAGUGCAUACAACAACAGCGUUAUACUCCAAAAGCUUCAAAAUAAAAAGAUUGGAGCUUUU